AUGGCGGCUGUGGUCCACGGAUGCAGCAGUCCGCGUCAGCGAUCCUGCAAUGGCAGCAGCUCACCAGGUGGCCACCACGGGUCCACGCCCUCCUCCGCCUACCCGACCAUGCCCAAGUACUCGCGCACCGCCAGCCAGACACUGUACGCCACCAGUCAGCAGAUCUUCGGAGGUGGAGGCGGCAUGGCGGAUGCGAGCUAUGGAUACGGUAUGUCCUCCUCCGGCGGACAGCGACCACUGUCCGCUUCCGCACUGCCGGAAACGGCGGCGGCCAGCCGGAACUAUUGGGGUCACCACAACGCCUUCUAUCACACGGGCGGCAGGCAUUACAGCAAGAGGAAGUCCGCCGUGGAGCUGCUGGCGGAGUCCAAGCCGUUCUACAUCAAAUCCGAGGCGGUUUUCGAGCGACUGCAGCAGGCGAGCUACCGCAAUGGCGGUGGUAACAACGGAGCCAGCGGGAAGAGAGGACGUCGGCCGGAGGAGUCGCAUGGUCACCACUAUGACAUGGAGGACAGGCGGUACAUGAGUCUCAAUCUCAGUCGGCAGCAGCAGGUGCAACAGCAGGUGCAGCAGCAAGUGCAGCAGCAGCAACAACAACAGCAGCAGCAGCAACAGCAGUAUCUGCACAACCACCAUGGUCACCCACACCAGCACCCACACUCGCACUCCCGCCACGCCCAGGGCCAAGGUCAAGGACGAAACGGAGGCGCUGCCGUGAACAACAACCUCCUGCAGCACAAGCUGCGCAUGCUGCUGGGUUCGGAGACGGGCAAGGAGCGCAACGGUGGCACCUUGAGGCGCCACGAGAUGAGCGACGGCAGCGCGGAGCUGCUGCCCACGGAUUACGGCGAGGAGGAGAUGGGCGGUCAGGCGGGCGCCCUGCGGAUCCCACCGCCCCUCUACAUGCCCACCACCCACGGCUAUGGGCGGGACGGCGAGGAGCCACUGGUGCUCACCGAGAACUAUCGACCCAUCAGCCCGCCCGCCGAAUAUGCGGCAAAGUCGGGACAGGCUCACAACGAUCGAUACAGAUACAACUACCAGCGCUCGUACUCGCACUCCCACGAGGUUCCCAACACGGGCGAGGAUCGCAGCGCUCCCUAUCCCUCCGGCGACUACAACAUCAACAGCCACAAGUCGCUGCCGGAUCUGCACACGCAGAUAAGUCGCCACUCGCCGCACAGCGAGAUCCUGAGCUGCUGCAGCCGUGGCAAUCGAUCGAUCAAGUCCGCCGGCGAGUCCUCGAUCAACCGCGACUCCGGCGGCAGUUCCGGUCACUACACCCAUCGCAGCGAGCCCUGCUACAAGAGGGAGCGGCAGCGCGAAGUGGCAGGCAGCGCGGCUCCGGCGAGCGGCACGAUCAAAAACUGCUGCACCUUGGUGGCCGCCACUCGCAGGGACAGUGGCUCCUCCACGCAGCACAGUGCCAACUCCUACUGUGGCUAUGUCACGCCCGCCGGCGACUACAGCGGCAUGGGUGGUGGCCGGAAUACGGAGUGUUUGGAUUGCCGCUGCAAGCAGGACACCACAAUGGGCUCGGACUAUCUGCUGAACUUCACGCCCACACCGGAGGUGCCAGAGGCCUUCCAGGAUGACUACACCCCAACGCCGCCAUCGCCCAGGCUCAAGACGCAAACGCCACGAUACUCGAGCUCCUCCAGCCAGCAGCUGCACACCAGUUCGCAGGGCUACACGAGCAUCAAUCACUCGCAGAGCUCGCUGGUCCAGAGCCCCGGAUCGGCGCCCUCCGUGGACGACAUCAGUCCACCGCCCAUCCAGUUCAAGAGGCAGCGGUGCAUCCGCUUCAAGAACAGGAACCGACUGCCAGUUCAAGGAGAAAUGGGAGGACCACCAGGAUCAGGCGGAGGCCUCGUGGCCCCAGGAUCAGGAGGCAUGGGCACGGCCAGCGGUGUCCUGGCCGCCUACAAGCAGCAUCGGGGCAGCGUGGACCACGAAAACGUCUUCUUCCCCAAAGGUUUCUCCUCGGAGGUGUACCACAACAGCUUGGACAUGGAGCGGGAGGCCCUGAAUGCCAGCAUCUCGGAGCUGGAGAAGUUCUUCGAUCGCCUGGGACUGAAUGACGAGGCCUUCCACGAGAUCUACAGCCAACCGAGGAGGCACCACUCGGAGACGGAUGACGCCUCCGAUGAUUCCAGCACGGUUUUCUUCUCGGACGUGAGCACCGUGGACUCGAUGAGAUUGCCGGACAGCACGGAAACCCAGCCGCAGACCACACAGGCGUACAGACCCUCGGAGCCGCCGUCGAUUGUCGAGCGGAAUGCCAGGAUCAUCAAGUGGCUGUGCAACUGCAAGAAGAUGCAGUGCACCUGA